AUUUCAAAUCCAUUUUUUUUUUCGAAAUUACCGUUGAUAUCAAAAACUUUACUUUUGAUAAACGGGUUAUUCAUUUAAAGAAAAAAAAAUUUUUAUUGCUUUUCUUCUUUCGUAAUUUUUUUUCUGUUGGUGGAAAAACAACCGCAAAAAAAAGAAUAAGAAAAAAGUAACAAAUUUUGAACGAAGAAAAGAAGUUUGAAGAGGAAGUGUGUGUGUAAAGAGAGGAACGCGAAUCAAAGUAGACAGAUAAACUGAAGAUAGACAAAGCGAGAGAUAGAGAGACAGUGUGUCGAGUAGUUCGGUACGCCGAUAAAUUAAGACAAUAAUGCUGCAACCAAGAAUAUUGGUUGGCAGUCAUCGAACCGAUCAACAGACUACGAAAUUCAAUAAUUGUGUGGCAAUCAAUCGGCGGAAUUGCAAAAACACUUCAAAAAUGUGGUCACAACAUUUUACAAAGUCCACAUCAACAAAUUUGAAUGGAUGUGGCAUCAAUAUUAAACGAAGGCAAACAACGGCGAAAAACAUUAAAUCAACAGCUGCAGCCACCGCCGCCGCUCGACGAUUCACAUCAACACGAGCAUUAAAUAUCUCGUCGUCACUCCACAACUUAGCCACAUUUCUAAUAUUAGCAAUUACAUUAUACAGCACUACAAUAUGUAUGGCCCAAUUAUCCGAACACAAUAAAGACCUUCAGCCAACGCCGUCACUUGACUCUGAAAAAGCAGAAGCAUCAAGCUUAUUGACAUCGAGUUUCGUGCGAAAUGAUUGGAAGGGCAUUAGAACCGGUGCAAAAUCAGCAGCCGCAGCAUCACAACAGUCUUUAUCGCGAAUAACAACAGCAGCAGCAGCAGCAACAACAAAUAGCCAUAAUCAAUCGCAUAAUUUAAGUCAUUAUCUGCACAAUAAGCAAGAAAACUACCAAAGUCGCCAAAGAAAAGAUCGAUCUAGUCAGAAUCAUCAUGAUCGGCGUCGUAUACAAAAUAAUUUAGGUGUUAGUGCAGAUAAGCAGACAGACGAAGCGCGUUAUAAUUUAGCAACGCGCAUCAUGUCAAAUGGCGUUGAAGUUAUUGUUGCUGGCGAUAAAACAACAUUGCCGGGCGGCCAUCCCAAUACACAUCUACGAAUUUUAACCACAACUGAAGCAUUUAAAAUGCCAUUAACACUCGCACCGAGCACAUUAAAAGAUCAUAUGCUAUUGAUGCUGCCGCAAACAACCGACGACAAUAGUAAUAACGGUGCCGUCGCUAAUAUCGGCGAUCCAGUCAAGAGUACACCAGUUAUAAAUGAAUUACAAUCGUUUUACAAUCAAAAUCAAUUUGUCACCAAAACAUGCCUCACAACAUUCACCUAUUCCACAACAUAUGUUUUGGAUGGCACAACGAAAAUUGAAAGUCGCGAAAAAGUCAUCACAAACACAGCCACCGAAGAACGAAACGCUUAUAAUAUUCGGCCAACAACUGCAUCAGGAAUUACAUUGACACAGACUCCUCAUCUUGCUACGGGCGUUUUUAAAACAACAUACACGUAUUUGAACACGGUUUUAGAUGGUGAACAACCGGUUGUUUUAACAUCACAGCACACCGUCGCAAAUACAAUAACAGCGCCCGAGGAUUAUUUAUCAAUUUUACAACCGUCCGAACCGAGCGCAACACUCUUCGAAACAAAUACAUACUUCAAUACAAUGGUCUUAACGAAAACUCUAACCGAUAAUGAUAUUACAAAAGUGAUAAGUACAACUGAUGUGGUGAGACAAGUGGUAAUUACGGAACUUUUACCCUCGAAAAGUAUGUCAGUAAUGACAUCGUACAUUGCAAUCGAUUCGGAGGGAAAUGAGAGUCCAGCUGAUAAAGCUGAUAUUUUAUCAUCGCCACUACUCUCCGUCACCGAUGUGGUGAAAACAUUUUAUGUUACAUACACAUAUUUUAAUACGUAUUUGAUCAAUGGCAGUACAAUUGUACGAACAAAUAUGUCAACAUCAUCGGUUGUGGCCACCGAAAAGCUUUACAUAUAUCCAACAACAAAACGAUUGCCAGCACCACAAACAACAACGCGUAACGCAUUGCCCAUUCGCAUUGAACCGCUUGACAAUAAUAUCGGACACGAUGACGAUUACAAAACAAUCGAUUCAAAUGAACUUAUGAACGAAGAACUACGCCAAACGGUCAAUUUAUAUGCAACGAAAACAUUUGCAACAACAUUCACCUAUUUUACAACACACUUAGAAGGGCCAAGCAAUACAGAUGCACCAGCCGCUGCAUCAUCCGAUUAUGAUAAUGAGCACUUAUCAACGGUAAUUGAUUCGCAUACGCGUGUUGUUGAAAAUGUUGUCACCGAAUCGAUUCCAAUGAAAUUUUUGCCAUCGUCAGCUGUUCACAAGCUUAAAUUACUUUUCUUUGGCGACGACCAAAAUCAAGCACAAAUAAAAAACGAAAUAAAAUAUACAACACUGGCCACAUUGAUCGAUGGCCAAUCGAUCGAAAUUACAGCGGUGAAAAAUGCAAUCGAACCAAGUUCAAAGCAAAAAGAUGACAUGCAAACAACAAAUGUUUACUCGAACGGUGCAUCGAUUGUGAAUAGUGAAGAAAAUAGCGAAGAGCAUCUGAUUGAAAUUGAUAAUACGAAAAAUGAAUUGGAAAAUGAUCAAGAUGUGGCCGGAAGUGAACAUGAACCACUGGAAACAAAUCCAAUCAAUAAUAAAGUCGAUUCAAGACCAACGCUUAAAAAUUCCACGAAAAUUAAAACACAAACGCAAUCGCCGGUUAGCAAUUUAAUUGGAUCCAUCAAUUUCAAUGGUGUAUUACGACCAAUGAUUGAUGCCGUCGCGGGUCUUAUUAAACCAAUGAUCAAUUGGAAUAAUGAUAGUAUUGCAAGUAAUGCGCAAACAAUUGCCGUUCAUCAUACACCAUAUCCAUUGUAUACACCGGGUCGACCAAAUUUGCCGCCAAUUCCCGAUUUUAUUGAAAACUUGACAAACAAUCAAAGUGGCGAUAGUGUGCCACAACCACCCACUGGCAUUGAACCGGCCAAAGGACAUGCACGAAAUCCCAUUUAUAUUCCAGUCAAUGGAAACAACAAAGAGAACUAUGAAAAUAUUGAAAAUUUAACGCCCGUCAACUUUUUACCACCCGAAAUUGUUGAUCAUUCGGAAAGUAGCAAUGAAAUUACAUACACAAAAUCAAUUCAAAAUUUGAAUUUAAAUCAAAAGAAUAAGAUUCCGCUGCUCGGAGACGGUGGCAUUCCCAUUUCACCUGGUGAUGUUAUCACGACCAAUUCAGAUGUGAUUUUCGGAAGGCCAACAGGAAAUCGACCAAGAAUUCCAUUGAAUAGAGAAACGCCAGUUUCAACUGUUUCAAGUGGAAAUAUGUCACCGGAACAAUUUAACACUGAUUCCCAUCCAAUUUCUUCAGUUCAAAGUGAGACAUAUAUUGGUCCACCGCCUCCAUUGCCACAGAAACCAUUGUCACAAUUGCAACAAAAACCACCGCAUUUGGCGAAGGCAACACCGCAUUUCAAUAAAAUUCCAGUCUUCAGAAAUAAGCCAAUGUUUGUACAAAACAAACCAGCACCGCCGCCGCCGCCACAACAUAUUUUAUCGGCAUUGCCGCCACAUCAGUUGAUUGGAAAUCAAUUGCAACAAAAUCACGUACAAUUAAAUCAAAUCCAUCCAAAUGCAGUUCAUCAAAAUCAAGUCAUUGCCAAUCAGAUGCAUCCAAAUCAAUUGCAUCCAAAUCAAGUACAUCCAAAACAAGUGCAUCAUCCAAAUCAAGGACAUUCAAAUCAAGCGCUUCCAAAUCAAAUAAUUCAAAAUCAAAUUCAUUUGAAUCGUAUUCGGCCGCAUGUCGCUCAUCCACCGCAUCUUCAAAACAAGGAGCCACCGCUACCAAAUCGUUCAGUUCCACAGCCAAUUCGACCAAAUUUAAUUCCAUUAAAUCAUGUGCAUCCAACACCAAAUAUCGGUAUUCCGUCCAACACUGAUAUGCAUAAAUUUGUAUUGAAUAAUGUUGCCGGUGGUAUGAAUGAUAUCAUUGAAAUUCAGCGUAUACCUGAAGUGUUUAGUACUGAUUUGCCACCGGUUCACAUCUAUCAUGCGCCACAAGAGAUUGUCUCAUUCACAGCCGAAACAAUUGAACCAAGCAAAGCGAUAGCGUAUCGUCCACAACACGAAAUUCAAACGAUAAAUCAACUAAAUCAAUUGAAUCAAUUCCCUGAAGUUGUUGAAAGUGCAACUGGUCAACCAUUAUUUGUAAAUAUUCAACCGUCACAAAUUGCAAAAGUUGUAAUACCGCAUGGUAGUUCAAGUGCACUAAUCUUUGGCGGUGUACAAGAAAUGCAUAAGUCUGGUGAAUAUUUCGACGAUCCAUCACCAUAUCCAAAUGUAAACGAUCAAGUCAUUAGCAUACAUUCGAAACCAUCAAUUGCGGUUACAAAGAAUGUUAAUGCACAAGUACAAGAUGUGAAUAAUGUACAAAUUGGUUCGGUGCCAGCCGUUGCAAAUCAAAAAGUGAAUGUUGAUUCGCACGUCUUAAGCCAAGAUGUUGACAUGCAUGCUCCACCAAUUAUAUUCCGAAAUCAAGACACAAACGAUAUUCCAAUCACAUCCGGAACAAUUUUAAAUAAAGACGUCGAAUCACAUCAGCAUCUUUACAUUCCAAAUGGAUAUAAUCGCAGUCAUCAUGAUGAACAUCCAUACUAUGACAUUCCAGACGCUGGUAAUUUGAUUCGUGACAAUAAUCGUUCGCCAUUUGUCGUUGAUAUUCAAAGCAUAAAUUUGGGCAUGAGCAAUGAUGAAGAUGCAAAUAUUUCGGGUGAAGUGAGCGAUGAUAAUUUGCCAUUGCAUUCACAAGCACCAUCAGUUAAUGAACAAUUGCACAUUGAUCAACACAAAGAGGAUGACUAUGAAAAUGAGCACGGCGAAGUGAUUCAAGAAUCGAACUCAGUGCCACAGCUUGUAUCAAGCGACCAAUCAUUUGUCGAUAAUUUAAAUCAAAUUUUGGACGCAACAAAACCAACGACAAAGAAUUUGCCAAAAGAUCAACGCAUUCCAUUUACACAAACCGAAGCGAAUAGUUUAUGGAAUAAGUAUCCAUCGACAAGUGAAUUAUAUCCCGUGAACUUUACCACUGAAGGUCCAUUAGUGAGCCAAACACCGUCAUCACAUUCGCAUACAACCAGCGCAAAUCGUAUGCCAUUCGGUGCGCAUCAAGCUAAAGUACAAAUUCCAUCGAUUUCACCAUCGCUGGUCAAUGAUAUGUAUGUGCCAGCAAAUCGUACACAAACAUUAAAACCAAUUGCAACACAUGGACCAAAUUAUGCUAUUCGAAAUCCAAACAACAAACAAGUGUUCUAUGGCCAUCAGCCACAGUCGGGUGUUGAACCACUCUCUAAGCGACCAUCCAAGUUUGGCACACCACAUCAUAUCACACUACAAAAUCUACCUGUACCACCACACUUUGCCGGACCAAUGUAUUCGGAUGCACAUCGUCCACUUGCGCCACCGUCACAAUCGCAUCAUUCACGACGACCCGUUUCAAUUAAGCAAAAACCAUUUUCACGCUAUCCCGUACAUCAUAGCAAACCAAUUCCAACGAAUUACUCACUGCAUCAAGGUGAACCGAUCAAACCAAAUUGGCAUUCAAGCAAACCAUUCGAUGCUAAUCACUUUGGACCAAAUGUACCAUUGACAACAACGAGACAUCCAACAACAUUGCACGAUCAAACACCACAAACGAGUGAAUUGAAUGCAUACAGUACGCAUCGACCGUCGUUCAUCAAACACAAUGUUAAUAAUUAUAUUCAAAGACCAGAUCCAGAUUCAAAGAUCACACAUUACACGGAUCCAUCAACGAAUAUAACGCAUUCGGCCCAAGAUUCCAAUAUUUACGAUUUGACACGUGGAAAACCGUUCAUUUUCUCACCACAACGACAAAAUGCACAAGAACCAUCAUCAUCUUCAUCGGGAUCAUCGUCAUCGAAUUUGAAUAUUGGCGAAGAAAAACGGCCAACCACAAGCAUGAAACACAAUGAUACAAACUCAAAUGUUGAAGUUACAUUAUCCGAUCUAUUUGAUUUUAAGGAGAGCAAUAAUCCACAUAAUUUUGCAUCGAUUACAGAGAAUCCAAAUCAAAUUAUGACCACCGAUAAUUUGCCGGGCAUUACAAAUUCCGCUUUCAUGCCAUUUGGUGAAAAGACAAAACUAUCAAUGCCAGUCCAUCCGGCCGAACAAUAUCCAAAGACACCAGCCACCGAAAUGCAACCACCACCAACACAUGCCACAAAAUACAAACCAUACAUUCAAAAGCAUGUGCCGGCCAUUUCACCAUCGCCGCAUCAUCAUCAAAAUGUUUUGAUUGAAGAAGUGAUGGGACUGUCACCGCCACCAAUUCCAAAAUUAUCCAUUAAAAAACCACCAGCCGUCGUUAGCGUUGACAAUCACAAUGGUAAUUAUGGUGUACCGCAUGGUAACUUACAUCCGGUGCAUAGGCCAACUGUGGGCGGUAUAUUCUCAAUCACAGCUCCAACACAUUAUCCGGAAACAUCGUAUGUGACAACGCAUCAUGAUGCUUAUGUUGAAUCGGGCACCGAAACCGGUACCAUUGGAGAACCACAAAUUGUAACCAGCACCGAAGAGCAAGAGGUAGCCGAAAGUGAUCCAAAUGACAAUGUUCACAUUCCAUAUAAAAAUGUAAUGCGUGAAAAAUCGUCGACAAAAGAACCAAUCCGAACCACAGAGCCAACGACCAUGAAUAUAAUUAGUGAUUUGGAUGAUUAUGUGCGAUAUAAUGUUGAUACCAAACCGGAUGUACCGCGAUUAUCAACGUUAAGAAAACCAUUUAAACCAACAUCAAAUGGACAUAUGCCACAAUCGCCACAAUUCGAUGAAAGUUCAUUGCUUCAACCAUCACAACAUCAUAUAUUUGAAGAAAUUUCAACCCCAUCAUCACGUGCCACACCAGCCACCAAAAUCAAAUUGAUUAAACCAACGGCCACUCUAAAAGCUGAAACGGUCAAAGCAACCCGACACACCGUUCAUGAUACGAAAGUAUUGACAGUUACAACGACCAAAACAACGGUACGUUCUCAAGGCAUUACAUCAACAAUACUAUUGACAUUGACACGUACAAAAACAUCGACAAUUGUUGAUACCAUAACGCAUACACUUGUGAAACCGACCCGUGUUACACACGAACCAACAAUUAAACCAACCAUUUUUACGGCACCGAUUACAAUGCAAAAAGUAUCAGGAUCAUCAUCGGCAAUCGUGCCAAAUCCAUCAUUUUCGAUUUAUGCAAUUGGUUCGGCUCAUGAUGAAAGCGAACACGAACAUGAUAGUUCGAAUGUAUCGAGCGAAGAUCAAUCAUUUGAAUUGGAUGACAUUCAUAAUAUUGAACAUAUGAUGAUUUCACCAACACCAAAAAUACCCGAAACAGUCACAUCAACAAAACACGUUGUAACAUCAUCGUCCCCGUCCAAUGGAACAAACGAUAGCAUUUUCGUUGUGAUGAGCGAUCGCAGAAAACUUGGCACCAUCAAUAUAAAUGCGGAUCUUCUGAAUACAUUGACAGCCAAUUUACAUAACUCAACAACGAAACAUGGACAUGAUGAAAUUACAAGCGGUACACAGAAGAAAGCACAUGCAACAAUGGGUGCUAUUGAUGAUGUUUCCACGGACGAUGAUAAUAUUGAAACAACCGAUGACGAUGAUUUCUUUGAUAAUUUACCAAAACGUGAUGAUGAAGACGAUAAUCGAAAUGAUGUGAGUCACGUUUUACUUGGUGGCAUUUUAAUUGCAACACCACCACGCUCAUCGGAAGUAUCGAAGAAUAACAAUGGUGCAACGGUCGCUAAACCACCAAAACAAUCGACGCAUACAAUUACCUAUGACAUUAAUCCGGCCGAUGAAAUUGACGAGCACAUUGAAAGCCAAGGUGCCGCAAUUAUUGAGGAGACAAGAACAUCACAUGAUAAAAAUCGUGUUACAACGCAACCGGAAUGUCAACCCGAUUGUAAAGCGGUUAACAAUGAAAUUUGCCAGAUUACUGGCGAUUUGGCUAGAUGCGUGUGUCGACCUGGUUUUGCUAGAAUGUUCCUUGAUCGACCUUGUAAACCUACAUACACAUACACGCUACAUUUGGCCGUUUCACAGUUGCAAAGUCAAUCACUGAAAUACGAAGAUGCAUUGCGUAAUCCAUCAUCACCGAAAUAUUCGCAUUUGAUGCAAGUCGUGCACGAUGCCAUCGAUCGUAUGGUUAUGCAAUCCGAACUACGUGACAUUUAUCAUGGUGUUCAUGUGGCUGGUUUUAAUAAUAUCACUCGUGCGAAUAGCACACAAACCGGAUCAUCGAAAAUGUCGGCCGAACCAUUUGCGGCGCCAAUGAGAGGCGUCGAAACGGAAUUCCAUUUACAAUUGUCCGAUAAUUCGAAGAAUGAAGAACAAAUUAUGGACGUAUUCAAAAAGUAUUUGCAAAAGAAUAACUAUAAUUUGGGCGGAACGAAUUUGUUUUCAUCACAGUCUCUUAUUGACCAACUACGAGCAAAUGAUUUCGAUGAAUGCAUGAAUGCGAAAUAUCAUGAUUGUUCGGAAAAUGCAUAUUGCUUCAAUUUACGAGGCACCUACACUUGUUCGUGCAAAGAAGGCUUUGUCGACAUGUCUGAAAAUCCAUUGUAUCCGGGUCGUGUAUGUUCGGCCGAAAUGAUGGGUUGUGAUCGAUGCAAUUAUCAUGGCAGUUGCCUUGAGCAAAUCGACGAUGAUAACGAAAUGCAUGAAAUGGUUUGUGAUUGCUUCCAAUGGUAUGCGGGCGAAAAAUGUCAAUACAAUUUGAAAGUGUUGCUUGUUGGUCUAAUUGCAUUGGGCGGUGUUCUAUUUGCUCUGUUGUUGAUUUGCAUCAUAUUGACAUGUUGGAAGCACAGUCGACCUAAUGGUCGACGACGUACCGUUGUGCCAGGCAUCGAUAUUUUGCCACACAAAACUCUAACUGUGCAUGGCAGCAAAACGGGAACAUUACAAGAUAGACGCGCAAUGAUUGAAGACACCAGCAGCGAAACGAGCGAGGAUUCAUUACAGUUGCCAUAUGUUGCAAAGAAGCAGCAAAAUGCUUCAUCGAAAAAUGCUAAGAAAGUCAUAAAUAAGCCAACGUCGGCACCGCCAAAAGGAAUGGCUCCGGCACCACCCAAGGGAACCAACAACACAGCAACAAUGUCAACAAAUAUUGAUCCAAAUCGUUCGUUGACUGUGAUGAUUCCACGUGCAAAAUACUAUUCACAACAAACAACACAAGCACCACCUGAAUCACAGCAACAACAUCAUCAACAUCAAGAUCGUCGUAGUGUACAAACCGGUGUAGCAACGGCAACACAAGGUCAAGCAACAAUGUUUACAACAACCGAUUCAAUUGGUUCAACUGCCGAGGCAAAAUUGUUAAGCUAUUUAGAUGCUAGUCCAUCAACAUCGAAGAACUUUAUAAAGAAGAAAACAAGUGCGCACAAUAGCAAGAGCCAUUUAAAUGAUGACAGUUUGAAUCAUCAUUAUCCAUAUCAUUCGGGUGAAACUGGCGCUUUAAUAUCAGCUGGUUUUGAAGUGUCAGCUACGGUUGUUCAUGAUAGUUUAACUACUGUUCCGAAUGCAAAUGGAUUAGAUGCCAACAGCAGCAUAUCGACAAACAAAAAAACCACCGAUCAUCUGGUCGACUGGUUGACGAAUGUGCCAGAAAAUGAAUUAAUCAUAUCCGAGGCACGUUCGUAUGGCGAAACUUUAGUUCAUCCACAGACCAAGACGUUGAUACAAUCGCCGCAUUAUCGAAGUCAAAAUACAAGUGUUUAUGAUAAGCCGCUUUCAACGAUCAUGAUGGAUGAUGCAGGUACGAUGGCUGAGCGCGAUUUGGGCUCAACUUUCUUACUGCCACACACGCACUUAUACAAACCCGAUCGGGCGAGCGAUAUAUCCGGCUUUGAUUCGCUGUAAUAAAUGCUGCUGUUCCCUCGUUGCAGUUGAUCUAAUUUAUUUUGCUUGAAGAAUUAUUUAUUUUCGUUAUUUUUAAAAGAAAAAAAUUAUAUUGUUUUUUUUUCUCUACAAAACACACAAUAUUCCGCACGCUUUUUCGUUUCAAAUGUGUCGGUUAGUUUUUUGUUCCGACAAAAAAAAAGAUCAUUUGGUUUUGUGUGUGCGUAUGUAUAAAUCAACUAUGCUAUCGUUUUUUAUUGACUAUUUUUAUACUCUUUUGUAAAUUAUAUUACGAAAAUGAACAAUGCAGCCAUAUAGUAAAAUAAACUGUAAUAUUUGUAAUAUGUUAUCAA